GACUCCCAAUAAAAAACUCUUGUGCACAGGUUUCCUUCUUCUUCCCUGCUCUGUAAAAGCUUCCGUGUCUCAAAACAGGAAUCGGAAAACCUGCAAGACAAUUCCUUAGAUAGCAUUGUUGAGAUCAAGGGAUUUAUGCAUGGAAAUACGCUUUUACAAGAGUGGUUUUGAGGGUUUCUCCCUUGUGGAUUUUGAUAAAUUUACGAAGUGGUGGUAUUCGAUUCGAAAGGUAAUUGACUGAUCUGUAAUGGCUUCUCUGGGGAAGGUCACAAAUAUCUUCUGGCAAGAAUGUUCGGUUGGAAGGCUGGAGAGGCAGAAGCUUUUGAAUCAGAAAGGCUGUGUUGUUUGGAUCACGGGACUUAGUGGCUCAGGGAAGAGCACAUUGGCUUGUAGUUUGGGUGGAGACCUCCAUGGCAGGGGAAAGCUCGCAUACAUCCUUGAUGGUGAUAAUCUCAGACAUGGGCUAAACAAGGAUCUUGGCUUCAAACCAGAUGAUCGUGCAGAAAAUAUUCGUAGAGUUGGUGAGGUAGCUAAGCUAUUUGCUGAUGCUGGCUUGAUCUGUAUUGCUAGCCUAAUUUCUCCCUACAGGAAAGACCGUGAUUCUUGUCGUGCACUAUUACCGGAGUCAAAUUUUAUUGAAGUUUUCAUGAACAUGCCUUUAGAGAUUUGUGAAGCAAGGGAUCCAAAAGGCCUUUACAAGCUUGCCCGUGAAGGAAAGAUAAAAGGUUUCACUGGAAUUGAUGAUCCAUAUGAGACACCUUUGAACUGUGAGAUAGAGAUCAAACCACAGGAUGGGGUUUGCCCUCCUCCAUCUGCUAUGUCAAGCCAAGUUGUUACAUAUUUGGAGGAAAGGGGCUUUCUGCAUGCUUGAUCAGAUACAGACAUGUGUCACAAAAGUUAAGCAUAUAUUAUUAUUUUUUUCUAACCAAUCAAUAUUUACAUUUUUAACCAUUUGAGGUUUAUUCAAUUUUUAGUCAGCAAUGGCUAUAUUUAUCAAUUUGUUUACUGCAAGUAUAUUCUGGAUUAUGUAUUUG